UAAGCCCAUUCGCCCAUCCCACCCCACGGCUCCCGCUCCCGGAUCGCCGCGGGCUCCUUUUGACUCGCGCAGUCGCACGCGCCUCUCCUCACUUUUCCGUUUGGAAGCCGGAGCCCUGAGGUGCCGUGCUGCCUGGAGUCUCUUGACGCCACCACAGAUCGUCUGGGAGUCUCGAGGUAACUGCCCGGCGGGUUUCCAAGCAGCGUCCAGGCCUCCAGGGAGCUCGUUCCUGCUUCUCCGGGAGAGGUAAAAAAAAUGUAUCAUCAGGGUUGAUGCAUCUACGUGUGACAUAGAUGGAGGACUAUUUUUCACGCUUCCAGAACCUUGGUUGGCAGUUAAGACAAUACUUGACAGAAUUGAUAGAAAAUUUGCUCGGAUACAUUGAUUGGAUUCCUCAACGUCUUGAAAUACAAUUCUCUGCUAGUCAUGGAGGAUCAUUGCCUGGCACUACAGGACAUAUUCAUGAAGGGGCAUAUGCAUUAUCUAUUAGUGAUACUACUACAGAAGAGCAAACUGCAAAUGGAAUAUCUGAAGGCACAAUUUUCAGGAAAAGAUUUUCUAGUAUUUAUCAAAGAUCAUAUGGCAGUUCUUCCAAUCUUUUGCAUGGCUUCGGGGUGGUACGAAGAUUGGCGUUCCGCGUGCGAGAUCAGUGGAGUCUGUUUUCAAGUGAAGUACAUGCCAAACUAACUAGGAUCUUACAUCGUUUCUGGACAACACUACAGGGAUCUCGUGAAGACAUAGGAUGGUUGCAAAGAACUCAAGCAUCGCUUUGUUCAGUGGAUGGCACAGGCCGCUUCAAGGAGAUAUUGCGUGAGAUCAGAAAUGGUCUGCACUGCCUGCCUGAUACACUGGUUUACUUAUUUAUUCCUGGCCUUUUUAGCAACCACAGUCCACUUUAUUUCACCAAUACGAAAAGAUUCUUUUCAAAGAUGGGAUUGGCUUGCCAUAUUGCAAAAAUUCAUAGCGAGGCAUCGGUGGAGAAAAAUGCAUGGGAACUGAAACAGUACAUCGAGGAGCUCUACUGGGGAUCUGGUAAACAAGUUUUGCUCCUUGGCCAUAGCAAAGGUGGAGUUGAUGCAGCUGCAGCUCUUUCCUUGUACUGGUCUGAGCUCAAGGGCAAGGUUGCCGGCCUGGCAUUGGUUCAGAGCCCAUAUGGUGGCACCCCGGUCGCCUCUGAUAUCCUUCGAGAAGGCCAAAUUGCUGAUAAGGAGACAAGGAGAAUCAUGGAGCUCAUUGUAUGCAAACUAAUCAAGGGUGACAUGAGGGCCUUGGAGGACCUCACCUACGCCAAGAGAAAGGACUUCAUCUCCAAGCACAAGCUUCCUGUUGAUGAGCUGCCGAUAAUCUCCUUCCACACCGAAGCCAGCACCGCGCCAACAGUGCUCGCAACUCUGACCCGCAUUGCCCAGGCCGAGCUCCUGCCAUGGCUCCCCUUGCCACGGUUCUUCCUAUCAGCAUCCGAGUUUGUCGAGUCAAUGCUUGCCUCUCUGAAGGUCCCUGUGGUCGCACCCGUGUCGGCGGCGAUGGCAGUCACCGCGCUCCACCUGCGGUUGCGGUACGGCGAGAGGAGCGACGGGCUGGUGACUCGGCGCGACGCCGAGGUGCCCGGAUCGGUGGUGGUGAGGCCCGAGAGGAGGCUAGACCACGCGUGGAUGGUGUACUCCACGCUGAAGAAGGGCAGCGCUGAGGCUGAUGCAGGUGAGAUGUGCGAGGCUCUGCUGGCCAUGCUCGUUGAGAUUGGAAGGAACAAGAAAUUUCUCUGAUCAUCUGGUCAUCUGGAGCUCUGGAUCGUUGUUUGGUUAUGCAAGAAAUUUUGCGCCUGAAGUCUUCUUUAGUGUCAUGAACUGGAACUUACUAAAGUCACCAGAGAAAGAGAGAGAGAGAGAGAGAUGCUACAGCGAAUGAUAGAAUACUAUAGCCUUUACAGGGAAUAGUGAAAACUAGAUUGUACUUUUCCUUUGUUGGAAGAAAACACACUUGGCAAUAUGCCAUUUUGUUUUAAUGAACAAUGACUCUUUCGUGA